GCUGCCUAAACGUUCCCCUGCAAAACGCGACUUGGCCCUGCCACAACUCCAGUACCAACUAGCCUUUCCUCUCUGUACUUAAACAGGAGAGGGGCCGUGAGUGAGAAACUGGAGAAGGGGGCACACAGAAAAACCUGGGCGCCCAGGGUUCAGGCUCCAGCUUGCUCCUCAGUGCCUCAGUUGGAGGAGAAAAGUUUGUGAAUUAGGCCUCCAAGUUUUGGGGGGCCCGAGUUUGCGGCGAGGGGUGAGAGAAAGCUCUUUGGAGAUUCCCCCAUGGAGUCCUCUCAGCCUGCAGAGGACCUCAGCCUGACUCAGCAGCCCCCCAUCCUAGAAUUUGGGGACCCUGAAGAUCCCAUCGAUGAGGCCCCAGAUGGCUCAGACACAGUGGUGCUCAGUCUCUUUCCCUGCACCCCAGAGCCUGGGAAUCCUGAACCAGAUGCUGGUGCCUCAUCACCUCAGGGCAGCUCCCUGAAGCACUCCACAACCCUCACCAACCGGCAGCGGGGAAAUGAGAUCUCAGCCCUGCCGGCCACCCUGGACUCCCUGUCCAUCCACCAGCUCGCAGCCCAGGGAGAGCUGAGCCAGCUGAAGGAGCAUCUGAGGAAAGGCGACAACCUCAUCAACAAACCGGACGAGCGUGGCUUCACCCCCCUCAUCUGGGCCUCUGCCUUUGGAGAAAUCGAGACCGUCCGCUUCUUGCUUGAGUGGGGUGCCAACCCCCACAUCCUGGCCAAGGAGCGGGAAAGUGCCCUGUCACUGGCCAGCACAGGUGGCUACACAGACAUUGUGGGGCUGCUGCUUGAGCGUGAUGUGGACAUCAACAUCUACGACUGGAAUGGAGGGACGCCACUGCUGUAUGCCGUGCGUGGGAACCACGUGAAGUGUGUAGAAGCCUUGCUGGCUCGAGGAGCUGAUCUCACCACUGAGGCUGACUCUGGCUACACCCCUAUGGACCUCGCCGUGGCUCUGGGAUACCGGAAAGUGCAACAAGUGAUUGAGAACCACAUCCUCAGACUCUUCCAAAGUAAUCUGGUGCCCGACGACCCCGAGUGAAGACCGUCACCUGUCCCCCAGGGACUCAGACACUCAGGGAACAAGAUGGUUGACCCAGAGUUGGGGGAACCCAAAACUGGCUUCAAAGGCAGCUCCUGGACAGAUGGUGGGAGAGGGUCCUUGCCAGGAGAAAUCAAUAAACCUGUGCAGAACUUGAAA